GGGGGGGAGGGGAUUAAAUUGGUUCUAUCAGGGUGUCCAUCCUUAUGCAUACUUCUUUCCCUUUUUUCUCAUGACAGACAAUGACUUGUCUCAUAAACUCAAUGCCUUUUCUUUAUCAACAACAGAAGAAAAAGUAGCUCAUCAGCUAGAACACACACAUCUAACAACACCUUCUAUCUUCUCAGUACCCAAUCAACCAGCCACUCAAGAUUGGCAUACUACUCAAACUCCUUCAAACAAGACAACAGAAGAAGGUUGGGGAGAAGGACCACCUAGUUAUACAAGUGUUUUUCAAGACACUCAUUUUGGUUUUAAUUCGAUUCUACAUUCACCCAUCACACCUCAUCAUCCAACAGAACACAAGGCAUUCAAUCAAUUCAAGCAUAAACCAGUAACAUUUCUAUCUGCAGCAAAAGAACACAAAUAAACG